CAUUUUCUUUUCUUUAUAGAUCUAUCAAUAUAUACCUAUUUAAUUAUUUUUUUUUCAUUGUCUUUAUUAUUCCUUUUUACUUAUGUAUCAUCAUCAUCAUCGCUUGGACACAUUGGACACUUAUUCAUGUCGACAACCUCUCACCCAAACAGAUCAUGAUGAUAAGAACAAUACUCAUUCAAGACUAAAACAAGUUGUUCUGUAUAAGACUGAGAUUUGUCGAAACUGGGCAGAGUUAGGUCAUUGCAGGUACGGAAUCAAAUGUCGAUAUGCUCAUGGGGAUGCAGAACUUCGACAAGCACCUCGUCAUACGUUAUAUAAAACUAAGAUUUGUCGGGCUUAUCAUGAUCAAGGGGAAUGUCCUUAUGGUAUCCGAUGUACGUUUAUUCAUGAUGAUAAUCAAAAAAUUCAACCAGCCAAAUCUAUAGAGGAAGAAGAGGAUUACUAUAGCAACCAUCAUCACAGAAAACCACUAUCACCUUCCUCAUCUUCUUCAUGCUGUAGUAGUACCGUGAGUGAUGAUAGUUGUACUCAUCCAAAUAUGAUCAAUAAUCGUCCAACGCCUGAAACGCUUCUUCCUUUUUCUGCAAUGAUGAACGAUCAUCAGACCAAACUGCCCAUGAUGAUGCUGAUUGUGCCACCAGUAAUAAGCCAUCGAGAUCUUAAAUACAUAUACCCUUAUUUACACUUACAUAAUCAUCAGUAUUACAUUGUAUGAUAAUAAAAAUGUUUUUCAUGGCGGGCAUCCAACCGUUAUUAUGAUA